AUGAUAAUGAAAGUGAAACUAAUUAUAUCUAAAUCUAGGUAUAUCGGGAAAGGUGGGUUCCUCGAGUUACUUCUAGAGCUAGACCUACAGUUUCUGGAUUUAUCAGCCACAAGUUCGUCCAACACCAAGAUGUGCUGCAGCCGCAGAUCCAAUCUUAGUUAUUUGCUUUUAAUGACCAGACUCGUGCUUUCUAAUGUCUAUCUCAAUAGAUACGCUUCAGCAAAAAUGCAGUUUCAGAAAAUCUUUCUAUAAAUCUACACCACAAAAUCAGGCACAGAUAGAUCACAGAAUAGUUCGCCACACAGAACCUACCAGCAAAAUUUGUAUGAUCUCUUAUCAAGUGAAAAAGAAAAUGCCUACCGAGGUGAUGGUUUGUCAGAGGCAGAAAUUGUUAGCAAUUUAAUUCACAUUUUCAAUCCGAGAUUUCGCUCCGAAGGUUUCACUCUUGUAUUCAGAUUCGUCCUACAAGAAAUCUAAUGUCCUUUAUGUUAGCAAUUUAAUUCACAUUUUCAAUCCGAGAUUUCGCUCCGAAGGUUUCACUCUUGUAUUCAGAUUCGUCCUACAAGAAAUGUAAUGUCCUUUAUUGUUUGAGAUCGUUGUUUUCAAAGUCACUCUUCCGACACGAGUUGUGCUGUAUUGAGUGUCGUAGUCGCUUCUCCUUCUGUGUACAUUAAUAUUAGAUCAGAAAUAUAUUCCUUCGACUAGGAUGUGCAGUUUGUUGCAGGAGCAGACAACGAAGCACUCUGCGAUCUCGAAGUGGAAGUUUGGGAAAAAAGGAGGUGCAUCAUUAGCCUAGUGAGGUGUUGUGGCCGAUUUAUGCUGGUGGUUGAUUCGCAAGAAGAGUGUUGCACUAAGCAAGCUAGAAGAGCAGAAGUGUCUCUUGGAAGACCGCUCUCAGCGGCGACUGCAGAUCUCGUUCAUCUUCAUGGUGGGAGUGGAAGAUGAACGUGAAACCGUUUGUCGGAAUGUUUUCUGGAGUUGAAGAUUUCGAUUUGGGAUACAAUUUACAAAUUAUGCAAAUAUGUAUUGACGCCGGCCUGCAGAAAAACUACUAACUUCAAUUUCUAGCGUGAAGAAAGUAGUAGUUGUUUGCUGAAAUAACAAACCAUGGGCGCCUGAGUGGUGCGACCCUGUUCUGUGCAGUAGGAUGAAGCCGAACCCGAAGUCGAAGUGUGUCCCGGAAUAUUAUCUGUGUUUGUUUAUUGUAGUAGCACUCCCGCUCGAGCAAGAAAUGAAAAAAUGUGCGAACGUUUGCAUUUUCUCGAUCAUAGAUACAGGGAAGUGGGCGUGAUGGUGAUCUAUUUGUCGUGAUGCUCCAGUGUAAAACGAAC